CCACCAACCCUCAUAUGGAGUAGAUCUACGUUCUCACGACCACAUACUUACUUCUCAUUCAUUUAUUCACAUCACGUCCCCACUCUCUUAUAUCAUGUUAUUCCAUCCAAACCUCUCUACCGUCUCUCAUAACAUAUCCGGCCAAAAGCGUCGCCGUGAACAUGUCCCUAAAUCCACCGCAAAUUCCAGAGGCCGAGGCCGAUUACGAGGGCUCGGACGAACUUCAAGACCAGCGCAUCGUUGUUCCUACCAAACACAUCACUAUAGCCGGUAGCUUCGAAAAGAAACAACACUCAUGGUUUAUCAAUUCUCAUGUCCCGACAGACCUAACCAUUCAAGUUCAAGGCAUCACCUUCGACGUCCAUAAGUAUCCUUUGGUAUCGAAAUGUGGCUACAUAGGUCGAUUGGAAUUUCAUCCUUCACCUUCAAAUUGCGGUUAUGACCUCAAGCUUGAAAACUUCCCCGGCGGAUCAGAAACCUUUGAAAUCAUUUUAAAAUUCUGUUAUGGUCUUCCAGUGGACUUGAACCCUAACAAUAUAGCUCCGUUAAGAUGCGCCUCGGAAUUUCUAGAAAUGACUGAAGAAGUUCAGGAUGGAAAUCUCAUUUCUAAGACUGAAGCUUUUCUCACCUUGGUUGUCCUUUCUUCACGGAAAGACACCAUUGCUGUGCUUAAAUCUUGUGAAACUCUCUCUCCGUGGGCUGAAAAUCUUCAAAUUGUCAGACGCUGCUGUGACUCAAUCGCUUGGAAGGCUUCCAGAGAAAACGCCAUUGGGGAUGCAGACGGUCAAGAAGGUUGGUGGCUUAACCAAGUGUCUACCUUUCGAAUAGAUCAUUUCAUGAGGACUAUAGCAGCAAUAAAGGCAAAGAGUAACAGACCAGAGUUUGUGGGUAAAUGUAUCGUGCACUAUGCAGAAAGAUGGUUGACCGGCGUGGAUAUGGAGUUUGAAGGACUAAGAGGAUAUGGGCUUGGAAAAAAUGACAUGCAGUUCAGUGUAUUGAAUAGGAGGAAGGAGGACGGGGGUUAUGAAUACAGAAAGGAGCAAAAAGCAAUUAUUGAAAGCAUAGUAAGCAUACUACCUCCUCAAAACAAAGCUCUUCCAUGUAAGUUCUUAUUGCGGAUGUUAAAGUUGGCCAUGCUGUACUCUGCAUCACCAGCGUUGAUUUCAGAGCUUGAAAAGAGAGCCGGGAUGAUGUUAGAAGAUGCCAAUGUGAACGAUUUGCUGAUUCCUAGGUACUACAAUGCAGAUCAAGGGAAACUGGUUGAUUCACCUGAAGAAUGCACAAUGCACGACAUUGAAGUUGUGCAACGGAUUGUGGAAUAUUUCUUGAUGCAUGAGCAGCAAGAUCAGCAACAGAAGACUGGUAAAAUUGCUGUUAGUAAGCUCUUAGACAACUACCUAUCAGAGAUUGCAGGAGACCCGAAACUCUCCAUAACCAAGUUUCAUGUAAUGGCGGAAUUACUGCCAGAAAAUGCUCGAACAUGUGAUGAUGGUCUUUACAGAGCCAUCGAUACCUAUCUAAAGACUCAUCCUACGCUGCCUGAGCAUGACAGGAGAAGGCUAUGCAGAAUAAUGAACUGCGAUAAACUAUCACUUGAUGCAUGCAUGCAUGCUGCACAAAAUGAUCGACUGCCUAUGAGAACCAUUGUCCAGGUUCUGUUCUCAGAGCAAGUAAAGAUGAGGACAGUGAUGCAAGGUAAGGAAUCACCAAGCGGCGAUAACUCUGAACAGGAGGGUAACCACUCAUCAACAGAUGCAGAGAUUAAAAAUCUUAAAGCAGAACUUGAGAGGGUAAAAAUAAAGAUGGCAGAGCUGCAGAGGGACUACUCUGAACUGCAACACGAGUAUGAAAGGAUAAUAAGCAACAAGCAAAAGAAUGUAUCAGGUUGGAGUUUGGGAUGGAGAAAAAUCAAGAACUCUUUCCAUACAAAAGUUGAGGAAAAUGAACCUAGAAACAACCAACAAAGAACCAACCCAUCUAGACGCAGAACCACCUCCAUACAAAGGUCGUCAAUGUCCUAAAACUGCAUUAGCCUAGGAGGCACAGACAUUCCACACGAUGUGGGAGUUACACCUUCACGACCAUCAUUUGUAUCAGCUAGUUUGUUUACGAACACUUGGGGAUAGUUGAUAAUUCGUAAUUGCAUACCUAUACGUAAUGUAUCGAUUAUACAUCAAAAGAAAUAAAGAGAACAUGUCGGAAGUUUUCCUAUCA